GCCGGGGACUGGGAGAGGAGACGGGCCGGGUGGCGGCGACCCAAACCGGGGACGCUAGGAGAGUGGGAGACGGAGUCUCGAGAGAGGGGCCGGGUGGCAACGACGUGAAACCGGGGCUGGGGAGCUGGUUUGACGGUGGGGGGAGGGAAUGGAGGUGGAGGCUGCGCCGAGCUUCGGCCGCAUCGGUGUCGCAGCGACUGGGGGAAGGAGCAGCGCCCAUGGGACCGGGACCGGGCACCAUCAGCCGGCCUCCCCAGUCGCGGUAGCCCGGGGAAGCGGCCCGUGCUCUCCGGGAGGGUGUUUACACAGAUCGGGGCUGCUGUCGGCCCGGCCCCCGCGGGACGUGCCUGCCCUCUGGCGGCGGCUGGGCCCUGCGUCCGCUCGGCCCAUCCCUUCCGUGCCUGCCUUGGUUGCGUUCUGACUGUGUUCCGUCCCCGGUGCUUCAGUAAAGCGAGGGAGAGGAGUUCCUAGCAGCUGCCGGCGGGCUCCGCUCGGCUGCGGAUGCUGUUCCCAUUCAGGAACAGCCGGGUAGCAGGUGCCGCUGACGGCGCCCCCGCCGCGGGUUUGGCGGAUUGGAAGCAAAGGAGACUGUCAGGGAUUGUUGUGGAUCGGAAGGGAUUUGUCCUCCCGGAUGGCCGUGGUUACAGUGGGGAACUAUGACUCCUGUCUCCCCGCUCGUCACAAAUUCCUUUCCGAGCAUCCUUACCAAGGCUGCACCCUCUCCCCCCACCCCGUGUCCCUCAGCCCAGCCACUCGCAGUGUUUGUAACCCCCAGUGUAAACCCCGUUCCAGCGGCAAUGGAAAUCCCCCCCCCCCCUCUCUUGUCGCCCUCUGCUUUAAAUCCCGCUUUGGUCCGUGUGGAGUAACCCCCGAGGUCAAUCAUUCUUCCCCGCAAUCGUUUUCCUUGCUCCCCUCUGCACCGGCUCCACUACCUCCGCUGCUUGCCCGGAGCUGGGACCUGCAGCGACCCGGCCACAUUUAUAUAAAGACUGUUCACCCAGUGAGGUCUGGACGUCUCUGUGGGCACGAUGACAUCGGCAGCGGACAGCUGCAUCCAGUUCACCAGACACGCCGGUGACGUGCUUUUCAACCUGAACAGACUGCGAUCCCGGGACAUCCUCACCGAUGUCACCAUUCUGGUGGACCGCCAAAAGUUUCAGGCCCACAAGACAGUGCUGAUGGCAUGCAGUGGCCUGUUCUACAUGAUCUUCACGGACCAGGUCAAGUUGAACCUAGACAGAGUGACAUUGGACCCGGACGUGGACCCAGAGGGAUUCGGCAUCCUGCUGGACUUCAUGUACACGUCCCGGCUGUCGCUGCGAGAAGGCACAAUCGUGGCUGUGAUGAACACAGCCCUGUACCUACAGAUGGACCAUGUGGCUGAUACCUGUCGCAGGUAUCUGCAGUCCAGUGAGGACGUCUGCACGACACUGAGCCCAUCGUGCCAGGCCUACCUGCCAGGAAACCCCACACUACCUCAGGAGCUUGUAACCUUCCACAAGUCUGAUUCCUCGGAGAAAGUCCUGCCAGAUCUCUCUGUGCCAGAUGGGAGGGGUUCAGACUCUGCCGUGUACAACGUACUGACUCCAUCCCAUCACCCCUACCACCUGUACCGCCAGCUGCCUGUCCACAGUUACUCUGCGAGCACCUACCCUCUCCGUGAGUUCCGGGACUGCCGCCUGGCCUGGUGUGAGAUGCCGGAGAUGAGAAGGAUCUCGGCCCAGCAGGGCUGCGUGAAAUUUGGCAGUCGACCUACCGCUGACAUACCAUCGAGUACGGCGGCCUUCACCCCACGGGAGGCUGGGCUCAAAGCCGAGUCGCGUUAUAGCCCGCAGUCGGUGGCGCAGGCUGGGCGAGUCAGCCCCCUUGGCUACUCGGCUUUGGCCCAGUCCUGGAGGACGGGUGAGCCCCGCGUACUCAAGGAGGAGGGCAGAGGUCAGAUGGAGCCCAGCAACCUACCCAUCAACCACAAGGGCAGCCUGUUGGGACCACGCAGCCCCCUCAAGUCUGACUGUCACCCUAACUCGCCCACCGAGUCCUGCAGCAGUAAGAACGCCUCCCGGCCGCUCUGCACCAACUCCCCGCCCGCCAAGAGUGUUAUUGACGCCAGGGCCUGCAACUGGAAAAAGUACAAAUUCAUUGUCCUCAACUCCCUCAACCAAGACUCGAAGGGGGGGUCCGGCGGCAGCCUGGAGGCGCAGAACGGGGCUGCCCCACCCUUCUCAGACUGUGCUGCUCCUUUCCAGGGGUCUCACGAGACGGAGGGGCUGGUGAGCAUGACGCCCGAGAGAAUGGACGUGGACACCGAUGCACAGGCCUCGCGACUGAACAGCAUCGUGGGCAGGUCACCGGACGCCUCCUCGCCAGACCGCAAGCGAUUGUCCUCUGGGAAGUGCACCUCCUGUCAGUCGCCGUCUUCGCAGCAGGUGGAGGUUGGCCGGCCCCCCGGUGAGGAGCUGGCAGAGACACAGUCUGAGCUUUCAGACUCCAGCUCGGAUGCCGGCUCGUUCCCAUGUUGUGAGUGUGACUCUAGGUUCCCAGAGGACGCAGCCCUGAAGCGCCACCUCUUGCAGUCCCACAGUGACAAACCGUACCGGUGUGACCGCUGUCAGGCGGCCUUCCGCUUCAAGGGUAACCUGGCCAGCCACAGGACCGUCCACACAGGUGAGAAGCCAUAUCGUUGCAACAUCUGUGGAGCCCAGUUCAACCGGCCGGCCAACUUGAAGACCCACACUCGCAUCCACUCUGGGGAGAAGCCGUACAAGUGCGAGACGUGCGGGGCACGCUUUGUGCAGGUAGCUCACCUCCGUGCCCACGUGUUGAUCCAUACUGGUGAGAAGCCAUAUCCGUGCGAGAUCUGUGGUACGCGAUUCCGGCACCUGCAGACGUUGAAGAGUCACCUUCGGAUCCACACGGGAGAGAAGCCGUACCAUUGUGAGAAAUGUAAUCUGCAUUUCCGCCACAAAAGCCAACUGCGUCUCCACCUGCGACAGAAGCACGGAGCCAUCACCAACACCAAGAUGCAAUAUCAGGUCCCUCCUGAGUGCCAGAGUGACCCCUGUCGGGCGCGUUAAUCACCGGCUCCGCACUCACUCUCUGAGGUGGCGGAAUUCUUCAAGGGUUUGUAGUUGCCAGUUUCCAUGUGGUCAAUCUCACAGCAGGUAUUGGCCAGUUGAAGUAUAACGGGUUUGAAGCUUUGUGAAAAGUGCUUGCAAUUAUUUCUUGUUAAUAGAAAUUUGGAUGUUUUGCUUUUAAAAAUAUGCAUCUCUGCCCAAAAUCUAAAGGAAUGUAUGAAUAGAUAAAUAUAUAUUUUUCCUUGUAUAAGACGCAACAGAGUUGUGCAAUAUAAGAAUUGGGAAGGUUUAGUCGUAUUUUUAACCAAAGUUGUAGCUAUGGCAGUUAGUGAAUGGUACAUCGAGCAGACUGUCUGCUGGGCAGAGCACUGUCUGAACACCUCUGGAGCUUAGAGCACUUAAAAUAUUUUGUCUAUUGUGAAAUGAUAUGCAGUGGAUUCCGGUUAAUUAGGACACAUCGGGACCAUUACAUUUUGGCUCAAUUACGGACUGACUUCAUACGAUGCUAUUAAUGAUUGCAUCCUCCACAUCUUCAUUUUCAUUAUAACAUUCAAGAUGAUUGUCGUUACCUUAAUUCUUUGUAGUUUCUAACUUGUUGAAGUAGUGAACUUGUUUCAUUUUCACUCCCAGCUCUUCCUGGCAUCUUCUAGCCUGAAUGUUUGAAACCUCAGUGAGCGAAACAGUUCUGAAUUGUCUUGCUGCUUAUUUCUUGCCAACUAUCAGUGACAAAAAUUGCUGCUUUGGAACACAAACACGCAUCAGACAUGAUUUUAAAUACUGAUUGCUCCAAGCACAGUGGUGGUGUCUAACAAGAGCACACAAAUGACACUAGAAACUGCCUGGCAACAGUCUCCUGCCUAAAUUAAGCAGCAUUGUGUCCCAAAUAAAAUAACGGAAUCCUGCUGUUGAUUAGUUUUUGUUUUAAGAAUUGUCCCCCAAAAAAAUGCUGCCUCAGUUUACCGAUGACCCCCAUUAACUGGAAUCCACUGUAUGCGCUUUUUGAAGUAUUCUUCUCUGCUGCUUUUGAAAAGUAAGGUUUACAUUUUCCCCGGAUGCUGUUGGACUUUUUCUGUCCCUGUCUUGUCUAUGAAACAGUGUUCAUUGUGCCUUUACUGAGCCAGCAUUGGCUCUCUCGCGUCUACUACCCCUUUUCCCCUUUCACUGGCUCGGUGACCUCUCCCCUCUCCCCCCACCCCAUU